GCCACACCUGCCUCUGGCCCAUCUCCCUCAGCUGGGGCCGCACGCACCAUGGCGCCUGCGCAGCGCAGCCUGGCGUAGCGGAGGGGGGAUAGGCCUCUCUGCCUGCACUCCAGGCGCUGCUAGGCUUCCCCACCUCCGCCGGCCGGGAGCGCAUGAGAAGGCGGCCGCCGCCUGCUUCCUCUUUCCCGCGGGGAGGCUCCGCGGACGACGAGGCCGCCAUCAUGUCGGAGAGGCUCAGCAAGCCGACGUGCCUCAUCGCGGCCAGCGCGGCCGCAGCAGGGGUAUCUGCUGAUUCCUUCCUUCACUCUUUUACCCUGGCAAGCUCUGCUUUUAAUCUACAGGUUGCUACUCCAGGGGGAAAGUCAAUUGAUUUCACUGGUGUUAAUGAGGCAAACAUGCGUUGGAUCCAGGACUUCCGAAUGAAAUCUUACGCAAAUCCUGCCAAGCUGGAAUCAACUGAUGGUGCCAGAUACCAUGCUUUGUUGAUUCCAGACUGUCCUGGUGCCAUGGUGGAUCUGGCAAACAGUGGUUACUUAGCUAGAAUAUUGCAGCAUUUCAGCUCUGAAAACAAACCCAUAUGUGCUGUUGGACAUGGAGCUGCCGCCUUAUGCUGUGCCACAAAUGAGGACAAAUCCUGGGUAUUUCAGGAAUACAGCUUAACAGGUCCCUGUGUGUAUGAACUAAUAAGACUGCCUAGUUUUGCCAGCUUGCCUAUUAUCUUUGAGGACUUUGCAAAAGAUUCUGGAGCUGUCUAUAGCGCCAGCAAAGCAGAUGCAGUGCAUGUUGUAUUGGACAGACACCUUGUCACUGGACAGAAUGAAAAUUCUACAGUUGCAGCUGUCCAGAACCUUAUUUUUCUUUGCAAUGGCAGCAGAAAAUGAUGGUGCUCUUUGUAAAUGGGAUGAAUACAGAAGUCGUCUUCAUCUUUGAGAAAUGGAAAGAAGAACACUGCACAUUUGUAAGGAUGGGGACUGUAAAUCAUGUGGUAAAAACCUUAAUUGAACUACGUUUUCCUGCGUUUUUUGAAAAAUAUUGUUCCAUCUUGUGUUAAUACAGAUUCUUAAAAGCCUGGUUGAAAAUUAACAUGAAAAACCAUGGUUUGCAGCUCUGUCAACAGCUGAACUCCUGAAUUAAAUAUUUUUGAAGCUAUUACUGUGUUAGUUAUCCAUGUGUCCAAAUCCUCAUCCUUGUGCAGGACUAUGUGGUAUUAGUUUACAGUUGUGGCAAUUAACGAUAACAUAAGAAUACAAAGUAAAGUAUUUGUUACACUUUCA